CUUUGCAAUUGAGUCCAAAUAGCUCGCGCCUCAUCCAAGUUAGCUCUUUCUUUGUGCGGUCAAUAAAUGCAGAAGAAAUAAAUGAGCAAAAGCCUGGACCUAUGUUAUAUGGAUUUUACGGAGCACCUCCAUUGGACUUCGAAAUCUCCUGGAAUGAAACACAUAAUGCAUCUUUACCUUUCGAUUUUCACAAGGAAUGGAUGUUCUUUCUAAACAAUGAUUCGGAAGUGAAUAUUUCCUAUAAUGUAAUAUCUCCAAGGUCCUCAACUUUAUUCCUCGUCAUUGCCCGAGGUAAAGAGAGCCUUGCUGAGUGGAUUAAUGAUCCUUCCUAUCCUAGUAGCAUUCUGUCAUGGAACAUAAUUACUGGAAGUGGCGAGAUCCAACAGGAGAUCUCAACAACAUAUGAUUAUUAUAUUGCUGUAGCUAAUUCCAACUAUGAGGAAGUAAAGGUACAACUGAAAUUCACAGUGAAAGCAGUCAUCUAUAACAUAUCUCAGGCACAUUACAGAUGCUCCUUGAGUAACAAGUUAUGUAGUUUAAAGCUUCGGUUUCUAGGAGCAAACACUGCUGUCCUAACCUCUCCAGCUCCAAAAGAGGGUACUCUCGAUGAUUACUGGUAUGUCAAAGUCUCGUACACACCCAGAUGGCUUUCAUAUUUCCUUGGAUCAGGGAUGAUGGUCAUCAUCACGUUGUUGGCCUUCAAAUUCUGUGACAUUUUCCAGCCCACCAAUGGACAACGUGGAACAGAGAUUAGGCCUGAACAAGCUCCAUUACUUCUGCACAAAGAUGAUGAUGUCUCAAGCAGGGGAUCAUCUUAUGAUUCAGUAUCACAUGAUGAAGAAGAUGUGGAAGACAUAUUCAAGAUGAAUUCAGUUGAAGAGAGGGCAUUGAAAGAAGGCGAAAAUGUGAACCUCAAACGUCAGUGUGUUAUCUGCUUUAAUGCCUCUAGGGACUGCUUUUUUCUUCCUUGUGGACACUGUGCUGCCUGCUUUAGUUGUGGAAGAAGGAUUGCAGAAGAUCAUGCUGGUACUUGUCCCAUAUGCAGAAGGAAGAUUAAAAAAGUCCGAAAGAUCUUUGAAGUCUAAAAGCAGCUUUUUUUAAGUCACGCGUUAGCAUUAAUUCACGAGUAUUCAGUAGCAAUUUUGAUUAGUUAUUUGUAAUCUUAAGUCUUGGGCUAUGAUAUUUUAAAACUAAUUAAAGCAUUUGUAAUUACUUAUAUAAUUUUAUCUCUUUACUACCAAUAAAUGAUAAGCUUUUUUAUAAUAAAAUAUCUAUUUUCUUAGUAA